AUGGUAAUAUUGUAUUAUAAUCAUGUAAUGAAUUGCUUUAAAUUUGAUACAACAAACGCCCAAGUACCAACAAUUUACGUUCAUAGACGCAAGUCGAUUCAUAUCAACGACAACGAAAUAGCUAAAUGGAAUCUUUAUUAUGAUGAAUAUGAAAAACUAUGGAAAUCGAUUAGUCGAUUGGAGAACUCAGAAUUAAGCGAAAACAGUAACACCAUGAAGUAUAUGGAAACUAUCCAGAAUAAAAGAAAGGAUGGGAAAGUGCGGACAGCUACAAUAGAGUUACCUAAUGAUAAAGCACUAAAACGUUAG